GAGACGCAGCGGUUCAUUCAUCUUCUCCCUCACUCAGAGAGGUGAGUUAAAACGGAAAAGCUCUAUUUUACACCAAUUUUGGAGCUGAGAGGCUGUGCCCAGAAUAACCGAAGACAAAAAUAACAAACCAAAAACUACAAGGAGCAUAAUCCCUUUUCCCAAAACCAGCAGAGAGGUGAGGCAUCAUGGGGAAACACAACAGCAAGCUGGCCCCAGAGGUCCUGGACGACCUGACCAAAAACACGGAAUUCAACGAGGCCGAGCUCAAGCAGUGGUACAAAGGCUUCCUCAAAGACUGCCCGUCCGGCAUCCUCAACCUGGAGGAGUUUCAGCAGCUCUAUGUCAAGUUUUUCCCAUAUGGCGACGCCUCCAAGUUUGCCCAGCACGCUUUCCGGACAUUUGACAAGAACGGCGACGGCACCAUCGACUUCAGGGAGUUCAUCUGCGCCCUGUCCAUCACCUCCAGGGGGAGCUUUGAGCAGAAACUCAACUGGGCCUUCAACAUGUACGACCUGGACGGCGACGGCAAGAUCACACGCAUGGAGAUGCUGGAGAUCAUCGAGGCUAUCUACAAAAUGGUUGGCACGGUGAUCAUGAUGCGCAUGAAUGAGGACGGCCUGACCCCGCAGCAGCGCGUUGACAAGAUCUUCUCCAAGAUGGACAAGGACCACAACGACGAGAUCUCCCUGGAGGAGUUUAAGGAGGCCGCCAAGUCGGACCCCUCCAUCGUCUUACUGCUGCAGUGCGAUAUGCAGAAGUAGACGGCCUGUGGUGGCGGUGGGGUGAUGGUGAGGGGGAAAGAGAGGAAAUGGAGGGAGGGGGGUAGAGGACGGGAUUCUAGGCAGUGGAGGACGAGGAGGAGAAUCUCUUUCCUGGCGGUAAUUUCUCAACACGCAUGAGGUUCAUGUAAGUCAUGGACUAUUUAGAAAACCAGAUGAUGCAUUCUUAUUGAGAAAUAUGCUUGUGAUAGGAAAAGCAUGCUAAAAGGGAAAUCAGUCAAAUCCCCUCCCACUUUGAAGAGCGUUUCCAAAUAUAUAUAAAUAAAACAAUGACGUGGGCAGGCAGGCUUUAAGCCAAACGUCAUUAAACGCUUAUGACGUCAUCAGAAUACUGCAACAAUUUAAAAUCUAUGCCACAAAUAACCAUGACGCUUACAUUAUUUUGCAAUUAUAGUGGCUUAAAUGGUAUUCUUUGCAAUCUGUUAUUGUUGCCAUUUUCUAUUUCCUUCCCCUUUAAAUUCAAAGCCGUUUAUACGUCGACUAGUUUCACAUAAGUGGGACUUUUGAAGCAUUUAACAAGCAAGUUUAAUCAUAAUAAUUAACAAAAAAAAGACAAAAACUGUGUCGAUAACUUCAGAAAACAGCUCGUUAAUGCUAAAAUCGCAAUAUGAUGCAAAUAGAAAUGUUUUCAGUGCAGAGGAAGCCACCUUAGCAGUCUAAAGUGGGCCUAAAAGCAACAAUUAUGGUAUGACAAUAUUAACUGCAAAGGCCAAAGCUGCCUCCGUGAUUUAUCGUGGUUUCAACUCUCUUGUCCUCUUUCUGCUUGUUUUGUAGCUUUUCUUCCUCUGCUGAAAUGCCAGAGAGGAAGCGCUUUGAUAAGAGAUGCAGGCAGAGGAGGAACUUUGUUCAACUCCGCUCUGAUCUGGAAAAGAAAUCAAUGUGGGGAAAAAUAGCAAAAGGUUAAAGAGGGCACCCCUGGCGUGUAUGUACUGUGCGUAUAUGAUCAUCAUGCAUGUUGGAAACACACGGCUUCCAAAUAUCUAAAUAGUCCUCAAAAGCGUCAGGAAGUAGCCUGUCCUCCUUCUCCUCCUCCUCCUCAAAGAUGGCUUCCUAUGUUUGAUAAUGUAAUUAUUAUAACAUUAUAUGUACAUUAUAACAAUGGUAUUUAUGAUGGCAUUAAACAAAUGUAAAAUGUACUUCUAGCUUAGAACUACUUUCAUAAGACAACACAGCUACAGUGUGUGUGUGUGUGUGUGUGUGUGUGUGUGUGUGUGUGUGUGUGUGUGUUUGAGAGAGAAAGUGUGGGUGUGCCGGGGAGACUUUUGCAAAUGUUUUGUAUUUGCACCAUUUGUGUCACAAGAGCUAGUUUAACUUUGUACAAAUAUGUGUGUGUGCAAACGGUCACACAGUAUUAUUAUUCUUCAACUUGCUUUUGUGGUCUGCUGGUACACACAAUGUGUAUAUAUAUGUGUGUGUGUGUGCGUGUGUGUGAGAGAGAGAGAAGUCUUAUGUAUGGAAUGUGUUGUUUUGUUCACCGUGACCUGCUGUUCUUCAAAAUAAAUCCUGGCAUAGACAAGUCAUGGUUUUAGUGAGGACAGGACAGCAGCUAGUGAGGAGAUACAGAGAUGAGAAUCACAGCGCCACCCAGUGGAUGAAAGCUGCAAGUCAAGCUGACUUAUUGCAGUUGUACACAGCAAUGUAUUUUUGUUUUAUUAGCACUAGAGCAUCAAUGCUGACUCUCCCUGAACAAAAUAAAUCAGUAGCAUUUAUUUCUAUGUUUAAGCAAACAAGCUUGAUUUAACAUAGAUAUUCACAUCAUUUUAGCAUUAGGGGCAAAUAGCAGUUAGUUUGGCAGUACCAAAAUAAGCAAAAUGAACCCCAAAAGUGGCUCUGUGUGCUUUGUGAGUGAGUAAACUACUGCAAUACAGGUGCAUCCAGAAAGUGCACUGCAGCACUUAUAUUCCUACUGAUUUGUUAAAUAAUCCCUCAGAGUGCCCCCUUUGCUGAUUAGAAGGGGUGGAGGGGCUGCCCUAAUCAGCACCACUUGACCCCACAAAGAAGAAACAUUCAAUUUCUUCCCAAUUUCCUCUCGUCUUUGUAUUUUCGUUAAGCCUCGAACUCAAAACCCCAGGAAAAAAUAACAUUGAAACGUGUCAGGCCUCUAUAAUUCAAAACUCCAUAGAGAAAAGUCAACAUUUAAGUGUCAAAGAUGGUCUUGUUUUGGUUGGUUUAUUGGGUCGCACAGAGCUAACGAUAACAGGAUGCAUCACUCACUAUGACCAGAAAUGCUUAUGAAAUACUGUAUGAUGAGUAUUUAUGUUUAGACUGGGAAUCAUUUGUGCUCAGCUGUGCAAUAUAUACUCCUGCACUUGAAGAUUUCUUGUAAAAUGUCUAUACGUCUCGUCAUCAGAUGCUUGUUUGUUUUCAAUAUGGCUAGAAAGAAAAAAGAUAAUGUAAUUAUUUUUGUUACAUGGAUUAAAAGACAUGGAUG